CGGGCGGAAGCGCACUCUUGAUGUCAUUUCCGUUGCGCGAGUCUGAAAUUUUGGCGCCCUAGACAGCGAAGGGACCGUGAGGAAGAUGUCUCCAAACAUUGAAUCAGUCCGGUAGUUUUUCACGGCGAAGUAAUGCCAGCUAACGAUCUUAGGGCAGGCAAUAAUCUCCUGGUUGUGGAGAUGCAGAAUCGUUCAAACUUUGGCAAAAUAAUCUGUCCUCUGAUAGCUGCGUGGUUAGCUGAUGCCGGUGAGGUUAGCCUUCUGUUGACAACAUCGUCCGUCCUUCAGCUAACAAGGCAUAGCUAAUAAACAGCCCAUCUACCUCAGAUAGACAAAGUGGCGGUGGGGAAGAAAGAGUAAACGAUUAUAAACACGUACACCUGGUUUAAUCAGAGUCACCAUGAACAGGACCAAACUGAAGAAGACCAAGCCACCAGGAGAGCAGAAGAGCAUCUCAUCCUUCUUUUCCACUCAAAAUUACAAUAAGGACUUGUCAAAAGUAUCUUUCACUGGCCCUGCACUUGCAAAGACUGAACCUUGGAUCAGAGAUGAUGAGACCUCUCCGUUCAGAUCCCAUUCCCCUUUAAAGAGGAAUAUCCUCGGGGACCUUGAAAACCUGCUGCCCUCCUCGCCAGAACUACUGCUCUCCGUGCCCGAGACCCCCAAUAGUCAGAUCAGGCGUGGUUUGUCUUCUCCCUCCAGAGAUGCAGGUCGAUCGAGCCCACAGUCCAGUGGAAAGGUGGCAAGCCUGCAGAAGCUCGGCCAGCUGUCCCCCAUCUGUCGUAGUCCCCGAUCCCAAGGACACAGUUUACGGAGAGUUAUUACCGAAGAUGGAGGAAAAACCAGGAGGGAAAGGGGGUGGGCAGGCUCCCUUAAAAGACUCAUCAGCCCUCCUCAAGAGUCCUGCAAUGCCAAAAGACCAAGAACUGCCAUUUCAACAGUACAAAGAGCUGUACUCAGUCCCAUGGGUAGCAGCCUGAAAGUAUCAAGGCCUGUGAUUGGCCCUUUGAAGACAACUCAUUUCUCCAGUGACCGGUCAGACGGUCACAGCAAAGAUACUGAGGUGGCCUUUAAAGACAAUAAAAACAAAACGAUGUUACUGAAGUCCAUUUGGGAGAGAGACAUGGAGGAAAAAGAUAAAAAUGAGAAAAUCUCUGAGUUUACAGUGAUAACUGCACAGAAGGCAACUGAGGCGAGCGCCAGUGGAAACUCAUACAUUCCUCCUGAUAAGGAUACUCACAUUCCAACAGCUGAUACGCACAAAUCAAGAGAACAAACUACCACACCUGCAGUGCAGAUAAGCUCAAAGGAGGGAGAGACUGACCUUGAAAAGAAAGGAGCUACAAAAACCGCAGUGACAUCAUCAAAUGGUGAUGAAGACAAUGUGGCAUCGUCAGAACAAGAACAAACUGGAGGUACAGGAACAGCAGGUCCUACAGAAGACAGGCUGGACGAGAGCUGGUUUGCGGAGCACAUGGAAAAUGAAAGUCUUGCCACAGAGGAUAAAUCUAAAAAACCCUGUAAGGUGCCAGACCAUGUGAUCCUUUCUCAAGGCACGAACAACCGCUACUUGGUUUUAGAUGUCGAGGAGAGGCCUGGCUGCAAAACACUGAUUAUCUCGUGCUUCAAAUCACUACAUCCAACUGAGACGUGUCUGCUGAGAGAUGGAUGGGAGAUGACGCCUGUUUGCAGUGGUGAUGUGGUGCAUCUGGAGGGCCGCUCUGAUGGUGGAUGCUGGUUAGUGGACAGGGAGCAGGGCUUCCUGGUUUUGCUACCUGAUAGCCUCAUAUCAGGUACCAGUAUCUCAAGCUCCAUACGCUGCAUGAGGCGUGCGGUACUGGGAGACAUGUUCAAGAGUUUUGACGGUGGCUCUAAGCAAAUGCUGAACGGCACCAUGGUCCAUGAAGUCUUCCAGAGAGCAGCCACAGCUAAAGAUUUUUCUUUGGAGACACUGUCUAAGCUGGCAGACCAGGCCCUGCACAGUCCUCAGUACCUGGGAGACAUGUACAGUUUGGGUGUAAGCCAGGAAGAGAUGAAACAAGAACUGCUUGAUUAUCUGCCCUCACUGGAACACUGGGCAAAGGAAUACCUCAGCUCGCCAACACCAAAAGCCAUCAGCCUAAAAAUCCCCGGCAACAGCAGAGGUCCAGGCAGGGGUCAAGACUCGGGAACUCUGGUCACGCUUACGGAGUUGGCGGAUAUAGAAGAGAAUGUGUGGUCACCAAGGUUUGGUCUGAAAGGGAAAAUCGAUGUGACAGCUCAGGUUCGAAUCCAAAGACCACGAAAUGGAAAUCACAGAACCCUGGAGGAGAAGACCGUCCCCCUGGAGCUGAAGACUGGAAGGGAGUCAAACUCAAUAGAGCAUCGCAGUCAGGUGAUUCUUUACACUCUGAUGAGCUUGGAGAGAUACAAUCCUGAAGUUGGCUUCCUGCUUUACCUCAAGACUGGCAACCUUCAUCCUGUAGUGGCCAGCCACAUGGACCACAGAGAGCUGCUAAAGCUGAGGAACACCUUGGUUCAUCACCUUCACAACUGCGUGAAGAAAGAGGCAGGGCAGAGCCGUUUGUCCAGACUUCCUGAUAUCUUGACAAACAGACAAACCUGCCAGUAUUGUCCUCAGAGCAGAAACUGUGCUUUAUAUGAGAGGGCAGUGGGUGGCAGCUCUGCAGAAGUUUCUGAGGAUGUUGUGCGUGACUUCCUGCAGCAUGAGACGGGUCACUUGACCCCCCCACACCUGAGCUAUUUUUCCCAUUGGCUGCUGCUCUGUUGCCUUGAGGCUGCCACCAUGGAGGCCAAGAAUGGCAGAAAGCGUGUUUGGCUUCAGACGGCAGAGGAGAGUGAGAAGAAUGGAAGCUGUGUGGGGAAUUUGCAGCUCAGUGGCCCAGUGACUAUGCAGUCUGAGGGGGUUUUCCUCCAUCGUUUUCAGCGAAGCAGUACGGUGCCACAAACGGGUUUGGACAACAGCAGUUUGGCCAGAGGGGAUCGCGUCGUAGUUGGUGACCAGGAAGGUCGUCUGGUUGGUUUGGCAACAGGAUACCUGUGUGAGGUCAGCAGGAAGUUUGUCAGCUGCACGCUUGACCGAGAUUUGUCUAAGUUUAGUGGCGUGUUGUUUCGACUGGACGGUGAUGAAGGUGUGGUAGGCCUCAGCACUCACCUCACCAACCUUUCUAGACUGAUGGAGAACUGCCCAGACAGUGAUCAUCUGAGGGAGCUGGUUGUUGACCUUCGUCCUCCAGAGUUUAUUUCCAACCUCAGCUCUGUUCUGCCGAGAGAGGCCAAGGACACAGUGGCCAGCAUCCUCAAAGGUCUCAACAAACCGCAGAAGCAGGCCAUGAAGAAGGUGUUGUUAUCCAAAGACUACACACUGAUUGUUGGUAUGCCAGGCACAGGCAAAACAACAACCAUCUGCACCCUGGUUCGCAUCCUUCAUGCGUGUGGCUUCAGUGUGUUGUUGACCAGCUACACUCACUCUGCUGUUGACAACAUCCUGCUGAAGCUAAAGCGUUUCCGGGUUGGGUUUCUGCGUCUUGGUCAGGGGCAGAAGGUUCACCCAGACAUCCUGCCUUACACGGAGGAAAGUACGAGGAAGAAGGGAGUUCACACCCUGUCAGAGUUGGAACAGCUUUACAACAAGGAGCUGGUAGUGGGAACCACCUGUAUGGGCAUCAAGCAUCCCAUUUUCACACGUCGCAGGUUUGAUUUCUGCAUUGUGGACGAAGCUUCACAGAUCAGCCAGCCAAUCUGUAUGGGGCCCCUGUUCUACGCAAAGAGAUUUGUCCUGGUUGGAGAUCACCAACAACUGCCACCAAUAGUACAAAAUCGGGAAGCUAGGUCACUUGGAAUGGAUGAGAGUCUGUUUAAGCGCCUGGAGCUCCACAGCGAAGCAGUGGUUCAGCUCACCGUACAGUACAGGAUGAAUAGACAGAUAAUGUCUCUCAGUAACUCCUUGAUGUACGAGGGCCGGCUGGAGUGUGGAUCAGAGAGGACGGCCACGGCCCUGCUCACCCUGCCCUUCCUGCUUUCUGUCCAGUCCGAGCUUAGUUCCUACUCUAGGACUGAUCCCCAACAGGACCUGAGUUGGAUACAGACCACACUGUUGCCCAGCAACCCUGUUUGCUUCUUAGAUUGCUCAAUGGUGCCAGCACUGGAGUCUGUGGAGCAGAGAGGAAUAAGCAACCCCACUGAGGCUGCACUCAUACACAAGCUGCUUUCACUGCUGAUUAAGGCAGGGUGCAAGCCCAGUGAUAUAGGUGUUAUCGCCCCCUACAGACAGCAGUUAAAGAGUAUCUCUGCUCUGCUGCAGUCCCCUGCGUUCACAGGUGUCGAGGUGAACACUGUGGACCGAUAUCAAGGGCGAGACAAAAGUCUUAUCUUUCUUUCUUUCGUCAGGAGCACUGCAGAGGAAGCAACCCUGGGAGAGCUGUUGAAGGACUGGCGUCGCCUGAAUGUAGCCAUUACUCGGGCUAAACACAAGCUGCUGAUGGUGGGUUCUGCCACAACACUACGACGCUACGCCCCUGUGGAGAAACUGCUCAACCAUCUCCAACAGGAGAACAUGAUUAUCCAGCUCCCACCAGCUGCCCACAAGGCCUUAUCACACAUGUCCCUAUAAUAGAAGACUAUGGGAGACAUGGUGGUGUUUUAGGUUGCCUGCCAUUGGCUGUGGAUCAUCUCAACAGGAAACGGAUGUCCUGUCAGUCAGCUGAGCACUGAAUGAUCUGUCAGAAGGCUCACUGCUGUCCUGUUAUUAUUUUGUAUCUGUCCUAACAGGCAUUUGGUUGAAUAUAACUUGAGAUACAGACUACAUUACUCAUCGCCUGAGACACCUGUAGGCCUCUUAUCUGUUCCACACGGGAUAAACACUGUAAGGUUUCAGUGGAAUUAUUUUGUUGUUCAUGCUUGAAGAAUUCAUACUGACACAAGUGGAGGGACAAAACCUCAUAUAGCUAACUUCCAUACUGUUACGCAGAGACCUUUUCUCCGUUUAAAUGCAACUCACUUGAAUAGAUCAACAGGUAGUAUCUAUACUGUGAAACAAGGUGUCGACUGUAGUUGCAUACAACAAUGUGCUGCAUCGGUAAGACGGUCUUGAAGUUAAAAUGUGUGGACUGCGGUACUGAGUAUCAGACCUCAAAUAGGGCUGAUCACUAUUGAUCAACACAGACAGUUUUGAUCAAAUACCUUGAUACACUGAUGACAUUUUAGACUUGAUUUUUGGUACUUUCACUAAGCCUUUACGCACACAAUGGAAAAUCGUAAGUAGGGCUGCACAUAACUGGUAUACAUGCGCGACAAAAAUCGGGAGUGUGUAAUGUCACUUGUCUUAAGUAAUGGCACAAGUGUCGCAUUCCCAAUUUUUUUUU